GGGAGAAUGAGAAAGAAGUCUUGGGAAUGAGAAUGCCGAUUUUACUAUCGCGGGUAGCGUAUGGUUGCCGCUACUGUGCGCCUUUAAGGCACCACUUGUUAAACUCCACUCUGCAUCGCCACUUCCACCACCGUCGCCAGCUUCGUCUGCCAACUCUCGUCUCUCUCUCGGCUACCGUCUUAUCCUUUUGCCGUCAUACAAAUUAUAGCGUCUCCACGGGGAACUCUCUCUUCACCAAGAUGGAAAGAUUCUGGACUGGCAGUGGCAUUAAUAAAAACAAAGGAAUGGUGGAGCAUUUGCAGAGUUAUGGAGUGUUUAGGUCAAAGAAUGUAGCGGAAGUUAUGGAGACUAUAGAUAGGGCUUUGUUUGUACCUGAUGGAACUCCACCUUAUGUUGACAGCCCAAUGCAGAUAGGUUACAAUGCUACUAUUUCUGCACCUCAUAUGCACGCCAUGUGCCUCGAGUUGUUGGAGCAAAACUUGCAACCUGGCAUGCAUGCUUUGGAUGUUGGUUCUGGUACAGGUUAUUUGACAGCAUGCUUUGCACUUAUGGUGGGACCACAAGGCCGUGCUGUUGGUGUGGAACAUAUUCCUGAAUUGUCAACCACUUCAAUCCAGAAUAUCCAAAAAAGCGCAGCAGCUCCUUUGCUAAAAGAAGGUUCCCUCUCAGUGCAUGUUGGUGAUGGUAGGCUUGGCUGGUCAGAGUUUGCACCUUAUGAUGCUAUUCAUGUUGGAGCAGCAGCACCAGAAAUCCCACAACCUCUUCUAGAUCAGUUGAAACCUGGAGGCCGCAUGGUGAUUCCGGUUGGGAAGACCUUCCAGGACUUAAAGGUCGUGGACAAGGAUUUGGAUGGGAUGAUCCGUGUUCGCAGUGAGACUUCUGUUCGUUAUGUUCCACUGACUAGCCGAGAAUCUCAGUUGCGGGGCUCCUGAAUCUGCUAUGGCAUCAUAACUAAUUGUCUACAUUUCUCAUUAGUACAUUUGAAAUUUUUACUUUUGUACAGACAAUGCUGCAGAACUAUGUUACUGUAUUAAGUCAGAACAUUCUUGUUGUGUUUGAAAGAGAUAUAAAAGAAAGUGGCCUUUCCAGUCUUUGGUCUUUG